AUGUCCUAUCAAAAGCCAGAGAAGGAGUUUGGCGAAGGCCCGAAAACCCACAAGAUCCGCAUCACCCUGACCUCCCGCAAAGUCCAAUCCCUCGAGAAGGUCUGCCAGGAGCUCAUCGAGCGUGCCAAGGGCAAGGAACUCCGCGUCAAGGGCCCCGUCCGUCUCCCGACCAAGACCCUCAAGGUCACCACCCGAAAGACACCCUGCGGUGAAGGAUCCAAGACCUGGGAUACCUUCGAGAUGAGAAUCCACAAGCGUUUGAUUGAUCUUAAUGCUCCUACCGAAGUUGUCAAGCAGAUCAUCAUCAACAUUGAGGCUGGUGUCGAGGUUGAAGUCACGAUUGCUGCUUAA